GGCUUAUUAGUUCAUUCGUUGUUUGCAGCCGUAAGAGUGGACGUGUAACAAAUGAAGUAGCUAACCGUAAACAUAAUUUCAUACUUUAUCAUCAUUUUUCUACUUGUGAUAAAGAUGAAGAUGGGAAGCCUCUCUCUUCUCGGGCUGCUGUGGGCCGUUAACCUGGCAUCUGCAGGAACUCAUUCCUAUCAUUACUUCUACACGGCGACAGCAGGAAUACCAGGGUUUCCUGAGUUUGUGGUAGUGGGGAUGGUGGAUGGAGAGCAGAUCAGCUACUAUGACAGCAUCUCUAAGAAGGUCAUUCCUCGACAGGAGUGGGUGAAAGGAGCAGUGGAUGCAGACUUCUGGAGAAGAAACGCACAGAUACUAUUGGGCUCACAGCAGAGCUUCAAGGCCAAUAUAGAGAUUGUAAAGCAGCGUUUCAACCAGACUGGAGGUGUCCACACUUUGCAGCAGAUGGUUGGCUGUGAGUGGGACAGUGAGAAUGGGACCACAGAUGGGUUCUGGCAGUAUGGAUACGACGGGGAAGACUUCAUUUCAUUUGACAUGAAGAACAUGAGAUGGAACGCUCCUUCACCACAGGGAGGUAUCACUAAAAACAAGUGGGACAGUAACAGAGAUGAGAAUGAGCAGAAGAAGAGCUACCUGACCCAGAUCUGCAUUGAUUGGGUGAAGAAGUAUGUGGGCUACGGGAGGAGCACUCUGGAGCGCAAAGUCCCUCCUGAGGUCUCUCUGCUCCAGAAAGACCCCUCCUCUCCUGUCACCUGCCAUGCCAGCGGCUUCUUCCCCAGUGGCAUCGUUAUGUCCUGGCAGAAAAACGGAAAAGACCUGCAUGAGGACGUAGAGCUGGGAGAGACGCUGCCCAAUGAGGACGGAACGUUCCAGAAAAUGUCUCGCCUCAGAGUGAAGCCUGAAGACUGGAAGAGAGACACCUACACCUGCACUGUGCAGCAUAAGGGUCUGAAGGAGGAUAUCGUGAAGAAAGUGUAUGAGGAGGAGAUUAGGACUAACCAGGAAAAGUCACCUCCUGUGGCCAUCAUCAUUGGUGUUGUGGUGGCGGUCCUUCUUGUGGCUGUCAUUGCCAUUGCUGGGUUCAUGGUGUGGAGGAAGAAAGGCAAGCCUGGCUUUGUUCCAGCUAACACCUCUGAUGAUCGCUCUGACUGCUCCACCGACAGCUUAGUAAAGGCUUGAGGAAUCCCAGGCAGGGGAAGCAGAGAGAAGGGGAUUAUGGGAGGAGGAUGAAGACUUCAAGGAAAUUCUGCUAAUAUUAAACCAGUGUGUACACACUGCUCUUCAACUGAUUUCUCAUGGAUAUAAUAUUUGAUCAAUAUUUUCUGUAAACCGGUAGACCACGGGGUCAUAGAGAAGCUUUUCACUGUUUUGAUAGUGCUUGAAAUUUCACCUUAUGGAUAAUUUUUGGUGUUAAUGGAUCAUAAAUAGGAUAAAGAUUAACAAUACAAACAUUGACCAGCUUAGUUAAUCAUGUCAAGAGAAACCAUGGAGCAGAAUUUAAUGUGGCCAAAUGACCGAGUUUCGUGUUUCUGUUCUUUCGACCAUUGGUUCAAGCUUGACAGAAAAUACUUUGAAGUGUGUAUACCAGUAUCUUUUUAGGUGGGUAGAAGCAACUUAAAGUCUACUGGUUCAUUUAUUUACAUUAUGUUUCAUCUCUGUUUUGCUUCAUCACAGUCUCCUCUUUUUAAAGCUGUACAGAUUAGAUAGACAGAUGACUUGUGUUCCCUUUUGUGAGUAAUGCCCAGAAACCUGCUGUAUUAAAGUGGUUAUAUUUGAGGAUAAAGCACCAAUCAGAACAGAACAAUUGAUAUAACUGUUAAGGAGUGGGUGCUCACUUUAACUGCAUGGGGGUCAGUAAUUAUAUUCCCUCAUUGAGCAAAGUGUGCUGCUCCCCCAGCCUGUCAACACAGAGCUAAAUGUAGUGAUUUGUGUUCAUGCCCCACGGCACAAUUGAUUUGUUUAGUUUGAAUUGAUCGUAGUUUACAAGACAUGGUAAUAAUGGGCCAUGUGUCUGCAUCCAGUCACCUUUCCCAUAAGGUUCUGAAUGAAGGGGAAGAUCUAGAUGCUUUAGGCAUGUGUUUCCGAGUAACGCAGCUACAUCUAGCAUUCCUUUAUUUGAGCAUAUUAGCAAAAGACUACUUGCAGGAACCUCAGUUUAAUUUGAUUAAAGGGAACAUGUGGAAUUAGUAUCAGAUUGAACAAUGGUAAUAACCUGUAUUGAUAAGUCACAGUGUCAGCACACCUGCAGAAUGUCAUAGUGCUACAGGAACAGGAAGCUGCAGUCACACUGAGUGUUUCUCAACACAAGCUGUCAUUCAGGAGUUAUUUUAAUCUUUUUUAUUCUUUGAGUUGUGAAUAUUCCUGCUACUUUUUCUUAUGAUUUGAGCUAUACUGUCAUUUAGAAUUAAGUUUUUUCCAUAUAAAUAAUUCUGUGUGUGUAAGUUGGUGGAGGGCUAUUGUGUGACAUAGAUAUUUAAUUCGGAUUUAAAUAUACACAUAUUUGAGAAGGAGAGGUUCUUGUUCAGGGAGAAAAUUUACUGUUCAGAUUCUAAGCAGCAUAAAUACAGGUUUUAGACAACAUUUUAAGACAAAAAUUUUAGAAAAUAACUGAAUUAAUAAUAAGGAUAAAUAGAACUAAACCACCAAAAUAAAGGUAGCUUAAUAAAUGGUUCAAAUAUGUGUAAAUUAUUCUUGCCAACUGAUGUGUUUUAUUUGAAGCCAUGACUUAAAAUAAAAAAUCUGGACUUUGGUGAGUCUGUCUCCUUUCAUCUGUGUGAUUCAGCUGUAAUGUUGGAAUUGGUUAUGAUUAGACCUUUACAUCAAUAAAACUCCAAAGUCAGCAUCCUAUUGUGUGUAUAGGUUUUUUAUAU